AUGAAGUUCCUCAUCCUCUCUUGUGUUGUGAUCGGAGCCCUGGCUGACCUGCCUCGCUUCAGACCUGCGAGGUUCAGGUUCCAGCGUCAAGAGUUAGCUCCGACCACCACGGAUUCACCAACCGAACCGACCACAGAAGCAUCUGGACCUUACCCACCAUCAGGAUGGAAACCUGCUGGAGAACCGUUCACUCUCCCCAACGAACAGCAACCUGAGAAGCCAGCUGACCAAUAUGGAGCGCCUGCUGAUCAGUACGGAGCUCCAGAUGCACCAUACCCAGCUUCUGGGUGGAAACCUCAAGGUCAAGCAUUUGAGCUGCCCAAGCAGACACCACCAGCUACCAGCUAUGGCGUUCCCGACAAUACUUAUGGACCUCCUGAGUCCACUGAAACCCCAACUACUGAUAACCCUCAAGCUGAGAGAUUAGAAGGACCUGUAGAUGUCCAGAAGAGUAUUGGAACUUACUACGUGCUGCUCCCAAAUGGACUGCUGCAAAAAGUGGAGUUUGCGACGGAGAAUGAUGUCCAGAAUAUGAAGUAUACUGCGAGACUCCAGCUGCGCAGACCUGCUCCUGUACUUUUAAAGUUUACCAAAUGA